AAAUUGGUGGUCGGAAUCGGUAUUCAAAUGACAUUGAUUUCGUAAGAUCGUAAGAAAACACAAUGUGACAUGGAUUGAGUUUAUACGAGAUUUGUUUCGAUGCUGAUCGUCCUUAUGUAAUGAUCUGAAAGGGAUAAAAUUAAACCAAAGUUUAAAAAAAAAUGAGUUCAGCAGUCAUAUUAGCCGGGCUGGGAAUGGCUGUCGUUGGAUUUGGUGGUAGGUAUCUCGCCAAACACGCCCCUGCAGUUGGUGCCACUGUGAAGAAAUCUAUGGAUGCCGGUCUCAACUCUGGAGCUUUCAGCAAAUACUACAAAGGUGGAUUUGAAGCCAAAAUGUCUAAAAGAGAAGCUGGUCUGGUACUGGGCGUAAGCCCCUCUGCCAAUAAAGCCCGGGUGAAGGAGGCCCACAAGAGGAUAAUGAUCCUGAAUCAUCCUGAUAAAGGAGGAUCACCGUACUUGGCUGCGAAGAUUAACGAAGCCAAGGACAUGUUGGAUGGCACCACAAAGAAAUAAAUCACUAGACAUCAUUAAAGGGGAUUAAUGGACAUUCUCAACAACAGAAAAGACAAUGAGUUCAAAUGAAUGUAUAGCAGUUGUGUAUGUGAUGUUUUUAUGGACUAUUAUUGUUAUAAAAUAUUUUAAAACUGUUUUGCCAUUCAUACUUGUCUACUUUUCCAUUUGACAAGCAUUUUUUAAAAUAAAUCAUGCCCAUUGAA